GUGUGGUCACCGUCGUCGCGCUGUUUUCUGUUGUCAUUAUCCGUCGCUCUUCGCCGAUAUCAUCGUAGCCCCAGCUAUAUAGCUAUAUAGCAGUAUCGUUAUCGCCCCGCGAUGAGUUGACUCCCCGGGUAUAUUGUUUUUUCUGCUUCCUACAAUUUUGUUUAAAUCGCCUUUUGCCAUUGUGACCAGUUAUUAUCGCACAAGCACAAGGGCGUUACGUCAAAACAAUACAAAAAAAAGGCGAAAGAAGCGAAAAAAUCGCAAAGAGAUUGCAAAAAUACAUAUAAUAAUAAUGCUAGAGCGCAGUUUAUAAUUGCAAUCCUAAUCCGAAUCCAAAUCUCGGGCGUUACAACAUCCGCGAUAAAGAACGUCACUGGCUAAUCUGAUCAGCAGCGAGAGCUUAGAAUGAAAUCAAGGGCAUGAACUUAAACAAGAUGGACUUUUUUCGAAAUAAAAGCGACAAAGCUGCGCCUGAAUUCUGAUUGUGCCGCACACAAAAAGCGAACAAUAUUUAUUUAUACUUUUAUGCAAACCAAUACGCGUGCAUUCAGGGCUCUCAAUGUUUAUACACGAAAAUCGCUGUGAUAAUUGCCAACGCGAAGAACGAGGGAAUAUGUGUCACUGUUUCGUUGCAACUGGGCCAAUAAUCCGUAUAACGUGAACACGGAGCCACGUUGAGAACGAGUGGGGGGAAGAGAAGAAACCACCAAAAACCAACCCACCGCCCACAAAAACCACCAAAGCAACCACCAUGGGGCAGACCUCAAGUCACCGGCAAAUGCACCACAGCAGCAGCAGCAACAACAACAACAAGGAGGAACCACAAUUUGGUAAUCGACGAACCUCUACCCGCAAAUCGACAACGUCUUCUUCGAAACAUUACCCCACAUUGGUGCAGCCAUUGCGUAAGGAUGAGCUCUCCCUGUUGCGAGAUUCCCUGCUGCGCAACGGUAGCAUUAUGCGCAAGAAUCCGGAACGUCGUCCGGUGACGAUCAGUGAAUUGAAGCCGGCUAAUCCCGGCCAAGGGACCUCGGGUAGUGCCCUGCCCAUCACACUGGAGGAUGCAGCGGGUGGCAGCAGUAGCAGCACCACCCAGCUGAUGGCCUUUCAACUACCCGUGGAUCGCAGUGCCAAGACGGAUGACCUGCCUGCCGUAUCCUCGGCAUCCACAGCAGUUGUGGCAACGGCCAAGGAGGCAAGGAAUGAGUUCUAUAUCGUGGGCGAUGGCUAUCAUCGCACGGAUCACUGCUAUUACCGCAGUCCCAAUGGUGAUUUCCAUAAGCUGCCCUCCGACUCGUUUCACAAGAUGUCCGAGGGCUGUUUUGUGCGGAUGGCCGAUGGUGUCUUUCGUCGCCUGGAAGUGCCCACCAAGGCGCAAAUCUCAAGAAGAUCCAGCAAGGCAGAGGAAAUAGGUGAUGCCACUGGUGGCAUGGGAAAUGGCAGUUCCGCCACCAAUGUGAAGAGCCAGCUGAUGAGGUUUCUCAAGCGCUCGAAGAGUCACACGCCCGCCACAAUAGCCAAGUUGCAGCGGGAGAAGGAGGAGGCCCGGGCGGAACGGAAACAGCGGCUCUCGAAUGCCCUGCGCCAGAAGAAUCUGGCUGCCACAAAUGCAGCCGCAGCAGCAUAUGCCUCCGGUGGUGGUGGAGGAGGUGGUGGUGGCUCCAUCGGUAGCCGGAACAACAAGAUCGUGGUGACGAUGAUCGAGAACGGCGGUCUGCCCAUUGUGGCCACCAGCAAGGCGGAAAGGCCCAAGGCCAAGGAGUCGGCAUCAUCCAGUGACAAGGCUCGCACCUCGAGGGGUUCGCCUAACAUGCAGAUGCGGAGUAGUGCUCCCAUGCGAUGGCGCGCCACGGAGGAGCACAUUGGCAAAUACAAACUCAUAAAGACGAUCGGCAAGGGCAACUUCGCCAAGGUGAAACUGGCGAAACACCUGCCCACUGGCAAGGAGGUGGCCAUCAAGAUAAUUGACAAGACCCAACUCAAUCCUGGGUCACUGCAGAAACUCUUCAGAGAGGUUAGAAUAAUGAAGAUGCUGGAUCACCCAAACAUAGUUAAAUUGUUCCAAGUUAUCGAAACGGAGAAAACGCUCUAUUUGAUCAUGGAGUAUGCGUCCGGUGGCGAGGUGUUCGACUAUCUCGUUCUACAUGGACGCAUGAAGGAGAAGGAGGCGCGUGUCAAGUUCCGACAGAUCGUCUCAGCCGUGCAAUACUGUCAUCAAAAGAGAAUAAUACACAGGGACUUAAAAGCUGAAAACCUUUUGCUAGACAGCGAACUGAACAUCAAGAUCGCUGACUUUGGCUUUUCGAACGAGUUCACGCCCGGCUCAAAGCUGGACACGUUCUGCGGCAGUCCACCGUAUGCGGCCCCGGAACUGUUUCAGGGCAAGAAGUACGAUGGACCCGAGGUGGAUGUGUGGUCGCUGGGCGUCAUCCUGUAUACGUUAGUGAGCGGUUCCCUGCCCUUCGACGGCUCCACCUUGAGAGAGUUGCGCGAACGCGUGCUCAGAGGCAAAUAUAGAAUUCCCUUCUAUAUGUCGACUGACUGCGAAAACUUGCUCCGCAAAUUCUUAGUACUGAAUCCCGCAAAGCGUGCUAGUCUUGAAACAAUCAUGGGCGACAAGUGGAUGAACAUGGGGUUUGAGGAGGACGAACUCAAGCCCUACAUUGAGCCCAAGGCCGAUUUAGCCGAUCCCAAGCGGAUAGGUAAGACGGAAGCUCUAGUCGCGAUGGGCUACAAUCGGUCGGAGAUCGAGGCUUCGCUCUCCCAGGUGCGCUACGAUGAUGUAUUCGCCACGUAUUUGCUGCUGGGACGCAAGAGCACGGACCCGGAAAGUGAUGGAUCGCGAUCGGGCUCCUCGCUCUCACUGCGCAACAUCUCGGGCAACGAUGCGGGCGCCAAUGCCGGCAGUGCGGGUGUGCAGAGUCCCACGCACAGAGGUGUCCACAGGAGCAUAUCGGCGUCCAGCACGAAGCCGAGUCGCCGAGCCUCGUCCGGUGCGGAAACUUUGCGUGUUGGGCCGACAAAUGCGGCAGCAGCUGUGACGGCGGCCACGGGAGCCGUUGGCGCGGUAAAUCCAAGCAAUAAUUACAAUGCUGCAGGAUCAGCGGCGGAUCGAGCUUCAGUUGGCAGCAACUUCAAACGUCAGAACACGAUCGACUCUGCUACAAUUAAGGAGAACACAGCACGACUGGCCGCUCAAAGUCAGAGACCCGCUUCGGCCACCCAAAAGAUGCUCACCACGGCAGACACCACACUGAACAGUCCCGCCAAGCCGCGAACGGUAACGAAGUACGAUCCGACGAACGGCAAUCGCACGGUCAGCGGCACCAGUGGCAUCAUUCCACGCCGCUCCACCACGCUGUACGAGAAGACUUCGUCGACGGAGAAAACCAAUGUUAUUCCCGCAGAGACAAACAGCGGAUCGGGAGCUCCCGCUGGAAAAGGUCAUACCAAAAGCGCGUCUGUCUCGAGCCCUCGCCCCUCUGCAGACGGAUGCGUCUCGGUCUCGAAUGACCCGCUCGGAAUGAGUCUGUUCGAUCGACUUAGAAUGGCAUCGGCUGUUAAAUCAAGCAGACACUUUCCAAGGAAUGUUCCAUCACGUUCAACCUUUCACUCUGGUCAAACCAGAGCACGGAACAACACGGCGCUGGAAUACUCGGGCACCAGCGGUGCCUCCGGCGACUCCUCCCAUCCGGGUCGCAUGAGCUUCUUCUCCAAACUCUCCUCACGUUUUAGCAAACGUCCAUCGGCCACAGAUGAGUCGGCGAAACCAAGGGUCUUACGAUUCACAUGGUCCAUGAAGACCACAUCGCCACUUAUGCCCGAACAGAUAAUGCAAAAGAUCAGGGAAGUGCUUGACCAGAACAACUGCGACUACGAGCAGCGCGAGCGAUUCGUCCUUUGGUGCGUGCAUGGAGAUCCAAAUACCGACUCCCUGGUGCAGUGGGAAAUUGAGGUGUGCAAGCUGCCACGCCUGUCCCUUAAUGGAGUGCGCUUCAAGCGAAUUUCGGGCACCAGCAUUGGCUUCAAGAACAUUGCGUCUCGCAUUGCUUUUGACCUCCGGCUGUGACUUAACCAAACGAACAACGAGGGAUAUGCGGCCGCCGCCGCCGCCUUGCGGCCUACUGAUCCAACCGACAACAUAUCCACCGCCAACUGUCGGAGGGCCAGCAACGACAGCACCUCCCGGCUGUCGGAGCUAUCGCUGCUAUGCCGCUCACUAACCAGCCAGCAGGGCUCCCAGCGACGCAAGAAGAGCCGGCUGUCCACUGGCGGCAGCGAGGAUCAGAAGAAAUCCAACUCGUUGCUAUCGGCGUUCCAAAUGUACUCGCCCUUCAGUUCCAAGGAGAACUUGCAGUCCGGCGAGGAGGUGCAAGAUCUUCAGGUGAUUGACACACAACCAGGACAUUCUGUUGAUGUGCCUCUCUUCGCUGACUUCAGCCCAAUAAAUCCGAUUAUGGAGGAGGAUGCUGAAGGCGUUGAGGGCAAAACCAGUGAAGCCAAGGGCCUUGGCGGUGGGAGUGGACAAAAGGGCAAAGGCGAUGGUGGCGGCGGCGGCGGCAGCAGCAGCAGCGGCGGUGGGGGCAAUCGAUUGAAGAGAAACAUCAAGCACACCGGGAGCCUGAUUGUGCGCAAAUUGACUGCCGGCAGGCACAGUGAUGCGGACAAAAAGGGUGCGACUGGAAAGAAGGAGAAGGAGCAACAGCAGGAGGCGGCGGCCACGGAUAAGGAGAAACCAAGCAGCAAGCCGGAGGGCAAAGUAGCCAUGCUACGCACCACAACCCUCUAAUGCAAUGGAACAUGGACGUAGCAUGGGUAUACGAUUAAUUGUGGGGCAGUUUGUAUCUAUUGAAUGAACGAUUAUGAAGGCAAUGCGGCGAAUCCCAGCUGGAAUCUCAAGAAAAUAUUAAUGUUAGCAUCUCUCCGUAGAUCAAACGUAUUGAAUAUAUAAACUACACAUUACAAUCAAGCAGACAAACUCCUCUAUCUAUCCACACUGACAUGCAUUAGCACCCGCAUAAAUACGCACAUAUUUACAUACGUUAAUUAAUAGGAACCUAGUUAAUGGGCCAGCAAUAUUGGUCAUCGAGCCACACGCAAGUUGAAACACACGUGAAUACAAGGGUACCAGAAACACCACUCAAUAAAAUAAUAACAAUAAAUAUUAACAAGAAACCAAUCAACGCUCUAUAAACUGCAUUUAUGUGUCGAUAUCCAGUGAACAAUUUUUGCUUGGCAAACAAACGAUCAAAGAACAGAAAUUAAUACAGAUAGAUAUCCGACUCGGGUUGUUUCUUUUUUAAAGCCAGAUUUUCAAGAAUAUCGGAUGUGGCAGCAUAUAACGCUAGCGUCGUGGUGAGAUUUUGUUCAUAAUAUAUCAAUGAUCGUAUCGCAAAUCCGAUAGCCGAAACUCUAACUCUACUAUUUAUAUAAAAAUGUGCCCAACUCCGAACCCAAUACCAUCUAUUGUAAUUAUUAGACCCGUGCUCGAAUAUGUAGUUGGUACUUAUACCUGACAUUUUUGUUUAUUUCCUUCAAUUAAAACAGUUCAUAGAACAGACAGAUAACAAAUGUAUGUAUAAUACUGUUAAGGCUACAAAUUUACUAACACCACAAUUCUGGAACAUGCAACACUUAGAUGCAAUAAUGGCCAAUUGUUACCUAGUUUCCACUAAGUUCACUUACCCCCGAGGAAAAGACGAGCCAGUGGCUUUUUAACGCCAGUCUACACGCUAUUGUUGAAUGUUUCUGAAGCAGACCGUAGUGUGUUACGAAAAAAAAAGUAAAUGGGGUUUGAAGGCGGAGCGAUCUCAAGUGAGAUGUAGAAAAAAGACGACCAUUUAUCUAAGUUGUGGAGGCUCAAAAAAAACAGUCUAUAUAUACCAAAACAUAUACAUAGUUGCACAUCAAGUUGUCUUCAUCAUGAUUGUAACGCAUUUCUGUAAUUCUUAACUUUCGAGAGAAGCAUGCAUCGUUUUAUAUAAUUGUUGUUAAAUGACAGCUAAUUGAAACUUAUUAAUAAUUACUAGGACUAGGCAAGAACGCGCAUAAACACACAUAAGUAUAUAAUACAUGCAUAAAUAUAUAAAGCAAGCAGCUUAUUACAUAUACGCCGAAAGAUAUACCCAGUAGAAAGCCGGACUCCCUUCCCGAAAAGAGACAUAUAUCUACGUAAGCAUUGCUAUAACUACACCUUUUCUAUGUUUUUUGUUGUCAGCAAUCUGCGGUCAGUAAUAAAAAUUCACGCUCCCCAGAUCCACAAUGCA